AUGCCUAGGAUGACUGACCAAGUCAUUGUAUUCUCUGAGGAUGAUGCUCGGAGGGUCCAUUUUCUCUGCCAUGAUCGUUUGGUAGUCGAGAGCUAUAUUUCCAAUAUGAUGGUGGCUCGGAUCCUGGUGGACAACGGGAGUUUGGUGAACAUCUUGUUUAAGUCAGCCUAUGAGAAGAUUGGGCUAACCACGAGCGGCCUGUCCCUGUGCACCUCGACUCUAUAUGGGUUCUCAGGGGAAGGGCUCAUUCCGGUGGGGAAAAAGCUGCAUGUUACACUCAUAGAAGUUCCUCGUUUGACUUUCAAGUACUACACCUUUGUCGUCGUGGAAUGCUCAUUGGAAUAUAACACCAUCUUGGGGCGUCCAGCCUUGGUAGAAUUUGGAGCAGCCACUUCAAUUUGCCACCUGUGCAUGAAGUUCCCUACAGAAGCGGGGAUUGGCAAGGUCCAUGGAAACCAGAAGGAGGUCAGGCAGUGUUACAAUGUAUCCCUCAAGAAAUCAAUAUUGAUCGAGGCAGCAGCCCCGAAGCAUCCUCCUCCCGAGGAGAUGGAGGUAUAG